CCACAGGAAAGGUAUAAAAGAACGGCAAUUCUUUUUUUGUGAUUUUAACUGCUAAUUACAUAAUACAGGCAUAUUGGUAUUUCGUCGGAACUUAGACAUCUAUAUAGGUUGAGAAUGCAUGUAACUUCAAAUUAUUCAAAUUAGAAAGUAUAUGAGGAUAAAACAUAAGUUUAUGAGUAGAAAUUUAUAGAGAUUAAGAGUUGAAAGGGUAUCAGAAAGGGAAAGAUUUACAGUUGCUACGGAAACCAGAGACGCACUUGGAUUAUCGCUGAUUUAAAAACAACACUUUUUUCAUUUUGAAGGAAAAUGUUUUUGAUUGCUUUUUGUAUGCUCGCCCAGCUGAUACGCCUCGGCAAGUGUGGGGGAACAGAAGAUCCACCCCCUUUCCUAUGGCAUGCACGAGACAGUCUACGGGGUGUACAGGGAAGUGAGAUGAGUGAGUUAUUACAGAGUUUAAAAACUGACGGCGAAGAGUCUUGCGCUAGUGAGAUGUCGCCUUAUAUUCCAAAUGUGAAGGUCGCUGAACACUGCACUGCCCUCUUCACAGUCCAACAGAUCAAAUGCAAGGCACCGAUGUCAAUGUGUAAAGGUUGCAACAAGAACACACAUUCUUACUGUGUACAACAGUAUGUUAAAAACUGGCUGCCGGUCUUCUGCAACGGUGGUAUAAGCUGGAAUUACCAUGAGGUGCCGUCAGGAUGCGCAUGCUUUAAACUUCCAGGGAAGAAAGCAUCGGGCAAAGGAAGUAAAGGUGGCGCGAGUGCAUCUAAAGACGUCUGAUGUUCAUAAUUACGCAUGCGCAUAGCGACUGUAUAGCCAUAUAAAUGGUUAAAGAUAAACGAUUCUAGUUAAUUAUCAAUUUGUCAGUGACCAUAGAUUAGUUUUGCAGGUCAUUUGUACAGAGACCUGUUCCUGUCUCAAAUUAGUUUUAAUGUAAAUAUAAUGUUGUGUCGUUCUGGUGCCAAUACAAUUUGAUAUCUUGAAAUAUUAAUUCACAUGCUCAGAGCAGUAUACUCGUGAAGAUGGUGAUCAGUGUUCGGGACGUGUUUAUUCAACUUCCUUGAAGAGUUCUUAAAACUUGCCUCUGCAACCUCUAGCUGCCCACAUGGUCCCUGUAUCGU